AUGGCUAAAGUUAACACUUAUCAUUCCUACCCUGCUGCCCAUAGUCCUUCUGUGAAGACUAUUAGUGAUGACCCUGGUAGACUUGAAAAUGGAAUUACCAGGACCCACUCCCUGGGUGAGGAUACAUCUUCAGAAUUGCAGAGAGUCAUUUCCAUGGAGACAGAAGGCAUAUCUGACUCUCAAAGGAACUCAUUCACAGGCAGUGGAGCAAUGACUAGGUUAUCAGGGUUUAUCUUAUUGGUGAGAACCUGGAUCAGGAAGCACUUAGAUGAAGAAGUCGAAAGGCCUGAUUCUUUUCUUGAGCGGUUUCAAGGGCCAGAACACAAAGAUGUUUCAAGCAGAGACAGCAACACUCAGCCAAACCUGGAAGGGAAAGAUGAGCUGAAAAAGAAAAAGAAAGAUGUCUUUGUGAUAGAUCCUUCAAGCAACUUGUAUUACAGGUGGUUGGGAGUCAUUGCAACACCAGUAUUCUAUAACUGGUGUAUGUUGGUAUGUAGGGCCUGCUUUGAUGAGCUACAGAUGGAACAUCUUACACUCUGGCUGAUCUUGGAUUAUUCCUCCGAUGUUAUCUACAUCAUGGACACAUUUGUCAGGUUCAGGACAGGUUUCCUUGAACAAGGACUACUAGUUAAAGAUGAAAAGAAAUUAAGAGAACAUUAUCAGUCAACUAUACAGUUCAAGUUGGACAUGCUAUCACUUUUUCCAACCGAUCUGGGUUUUUUCCAAUUUGGAAUGAACUAUCCUGAGUUACGAUUUAACCGGUUGCUGAGACUUGGCCGGCUAUUUGAGUUUUUUGACCGAACAGAAACAAGAACAAACUAUCCAAAUAUAUUUCGUAUUGGGAACCUUGUUUUGUAUAUUCUCAUUAUUAUUCACUGGAAUGCAUGUAUAUAUUUUGCCAUUUCCAAGCUAAUUGGGUUCGGAACAGACAGCUGGGUUUAUCCCAAUAUCUCCCAUCCAGAACAUGGACGUCUGUCCAGAAAGUAUAUUUACAGUUUAUACUGGUCAACGUUGACCCUGACGACCAUUGGAGAAACUCCAUCUCCAGUGAAAGAUGAGGAGUAUUUGUUUGUGGUCAUUGACUUUUUAGUGGGUGUGCUUAUUUUUGCUACCAUUGUGGGUAAUGUAGGCUCUAUGAUUUCUAACAUGAAUGCCUCUAGGACAGAGUUCCAGGCCAAGGUUGAUUCCAUCAAGCAAUACUUGCACUUUCGAAAGGUCACUAAAGAUUUGGAAGCAAGGGUAAUUAAAUGGUUUGAUUAUCUAUGGACCAAUAAGAAAACAGUCGAAGAAACUAAAGUCCUGAAGUACCUCCCUGAUAAACUGAAGGCUGAAAUUGCCAUAAAUGUCCAUUUGGAAACACUAAGGAAAGUGCGGAUCUUCCAAGAUUGUGAAGCUGGGCUCCUCGUUGAGUUGGUGUUGAAGUUAAAACCUACUGUUUUCAGUCCUGGAGAUUAUAUAUGCAAAAAAGGUGAUAUCGGAAGAGAGAUGUAUAUUAUUAAAGAAGGGAAACUGGCUGUUGUGGCAGAUGAUGGGGUGACACAGUUUGUGGUUCUAAGCGAUGGCAGCUACUUUGGAGAAAUCAGCAUCUUAAACAUCAAAGGCAGCAAAUCUGGCAACAGAAGAACCGCAAAUAUAAAAAGCAUAGGUUAUUCUGAUCUAUUCUGUUUGUCUAAAGAUGACUUGAUGGAAGCUCUCACAGAAUAUCCUGAGGCCAAAAAGGCACUGGAAGAAAAAGGACGGCAAAUUUUGAUGAAAGAUAACUUAAUUGAUGAGGAAGCAGCUAAAGCAGGAGCAGACCCCAAAGACUUGGAAGAAAAAAUAGACAAACUUGAAUCAGCUCUGGAUAUUCUUCAGACGAGGUUUGCUAGACUUUUAGCAGAGUAUACUGCCUCGCAGGCUAAAAUCAAGCAGAGACUUGUAGAAGUUGAAACCAAAAUGAAGAAGUAUGGAAGUGCUAUUUUGUCAGAUGCAGCAGAUGAGGUAGAAAAGCCAGAAGAACAGAAAAAUAAUUAA